AUGGCCUCGCUACGCACUGCCAGCCCCCGGCUGAGGAACUACUUCAAGGAGAACUACAUUCCUCAGGUCUGCGAGGCUCUGUUAUGCGGCCUACUUAUUACAUGUCCUGAGGAUCCCCUGAAAUAUUUACAGAAAAUGAUCAUUACUAUCAUGGAAAAUGGUCUUGAAAGUCUUCUCUGGGAUAUGUGCAUCGAUCCAUCAAUGAGGCCAAAAAUUCGGAGAUUGUCUGAAACGUACAUGGAGCAACUCUUUGGGCUGGAUGAUCAGCUGAUGACUCCGGAAAUGAUGAUAAAAGCAUGUACUUUUUAUACUGGACAUUUAGUAAAGACCCACUUUUGCACAUGGAGAGACAUAGCAAUACCUCUUAUAAGUGAAGAUGAACUGGCUGAAAAGAUGGAAAAAGCUAGAGAAUAUGACAAUUUCAGACUUCAAAAAUACAUCUUUCGUCUCUGGCACUCUUAUACAGAAGGUCAAAAAAAACUACUUACAGUUACACUAGUGCGGAUACGAAGGAUGUGCUGCCGUUACAAGCUAUUAGCUAUCCUAACCAAGUGGAGGGAUAAAGCACAGCAUAAGUAUAAGAAGAGAGAAGAGGAGCUGAUAUUAAAACAUGAACUUCAGUUGCUGAAAUGGAGAAGCAAGUUAAAAUGCAACGCUGUUGCUAAGGAAGAAUUCCCAUUUCCUGAACACAGUGCAUCUGAAGUCUCUCUUGGAAGUGAGGUUCCUGAAUGUGACAUUUCGCUGUUCCCCGAAAGAGUGAUCUCACGGAUUUUCGCCUACCUCACUUUAAGAGAUAUAAUAAUAUGUGGUCAAGUUUGUCACUCCUGGAUGCUGAUGACACAAGGAAGCUCAUUAUGGAAUAGUAUUGAUUUUUCUGCAGUAAAAAAUAUAAUCACAGAUAAAUAUAUAGUGUCAACUUUGCAAAGGUGGCGUCUAAAUGUGCUGCGUUUGAAUUUUCGUGGUUGUGUUCUCCGACUGAAAACCUUGAGAUCUGUCAGCCUCUGUAGAAAUCUGCAAGAGCUGAACGUCUCUGACUGUCCAACACUCACAGAUGAAUCAAUGAGAUACAUCUCUGAGGGCUGUCCUGGGGUCCUGUACCUCAAUCUAUCUAACACCACCAUCACAAACAGGACAAUGCGAAUCCUGCCCAGGUACUUCCAGAAUUUACAGAAUCUUAGUUUGGCUUAUUGCAGAAAGUUCACAGACAAAGGUUUACGGUACCUGAAUUUGGGGAAUGGAUGCCACAAGCUCAUGUAUUUGGACCUUUCCGGCUGCACCCAGAUUUCAGUCCAGGGCUUCAGGAACAUUGCAAACAGCUGCACUGGAAUUAUGCAUCUGACCAUCAACGACAUGCCGACGCUAACGGACAACUGUGUAAAAGCUUUAGUUGAAAAGUGCCCUCGUAUUACAUCAAUAGUUUUCAUUGGUGCUCCUCAUAUCUCCGACUGUGCUUUUAAAGCUCUUUCUACUUGUAAGCUCAGAAAGAUCCGAUUUGAAGGAAAUAAAAGGAUUACUGAUGCAUGCUUCAAAUUUAUAGACAAAAAUUAUCCAAAUAUCAAUCACAUUUACAUGGCAGACUGCAAGAGAAUAACAAAUGGGAGCCUUAAGUCACUUUCACCUUUGAAGCAACUGACUGUGUUGAAUUUGGCAAAUUGUAUAAGAAUUGGUGAUAUGGGACUAAAGCAAUUUCUUGAUGGUCCUGUGAGCAUAAGGAUAAGAGAGCUAAAUUUAAGUAACUGUAUCCACCUGAGUGAUGUCUCUAUUGUGAAACUAUCAGAGCGCUGCCCUAAUUUAAACUACUUGAGUUUACGAAAUUGUGAAUAUUUGACUGACCUAGGAAUUGAAUAUAUGGUAAACAUCUUUUCCUUGCUGUCAGUAGAUCUCUCUGGAACACACAUCUCUAAUGAGGGUUUGAUGAUACUUUCCAGACAUAAAAAAUUAAAGGAACUUUCUCUAUCUGAGUGUUAUAAAAUCACCGAUGUCGGAAUUACGGCAUUCUGCAAAGGCUCAUUGAUCUUAGAACAUUUGGAUGUCUCUUAUUGCCCCCAGCUGACAGAUGAGAUUAUUAAAGCAUUGGCCAUUUAUUGCAUUUGCCUCACAUCUCUCAGCGUUGCUGGCUGUCCAAAGAUUACAGACUCAGCGAUGGAGGUGUUAUCAGCAAAAUGCCAUUACUUGCAUAUUUUGGAUAUUUCUGGUUGUGUCCUGCUUACUGACCAAAUGCUUGAGGACCUUCAGAGAGGCUGCAAACAACUUCGAAUCCUUAAGAUGCAAUACUGCAGGUGUAUUUCCAAGGAGGCAGCAAAGAGAAUGUCGUCUAUAGUUCAGCAGCAGGAAUAUAACCCUAGUGACCCUCCGUUUUGGUUUGGCUAUGAUUAUGAAGGCAAGCCCCUUAAAAAACAAAACGAGGAAACACCACUUAAAGGAGAUGAAGAAGUCAUACUGACAGAGUCAACACACAAUAGUGAAGAGGAACUAGCAUGA